GGAUGCGGAAGUCGCUGCAGAGGUUACUGGGGAGUGUAGUCUUCGAGACCAUGGCGUCCCGGGGGAGGGUCGCGCGUAGGGCAGUGAGCCGACUCUGUCAUUUUCUACAGGUCUUCUGCGCGUGGUUUUAAGACAAAGAGGGGGGAAGCCAGGAGUCACAGUGGCCGUUCUCCAGCGGCCGGAGCAUGUUACCCGAAGCGGCACCGUGGGAGGUCCAUGGGAGCCUCCGGCCGUCAGAGCGCCUCAGGUUGCGCCGAGCAUCCUGGGAGGUGUGGUCCCCGCGCCGUGCCGAGGAUUCGGGGUAGUGUAGUCUCGGCGCCCCGCUGGAGGACAGCCCCAGCUGGUGGUUGGAGCGACCCCUUGUUCUUUGGUGGCGCUGGUCCACUCCUGAUAUCAUUAAGGAAGAGGAAACGCUACCCUGCUGGAGCUUGAGGGUUUCCAUUGACUUUCCCAAAUAUUUAUUGUUCUUGUUCUGACAACUUUGGCCCCUGCCUGUCCAGAGAGGACUGCCUGCUGGGGAAAGGGGAGAAUCCAGAGCUCCUGACAGCCCAGCUUCAGGCACACAUGGCAUUCACGGAUGUGGCUGUGGAUUUCACCCAGGAGGAGUGGAGGCUGCUGAGCCCUGCCCAGAGGACCCUGUACAGGGAGGUGAUGUUGGAGAACUACAGUAACCUGGUCUCACUAGGAAUUCCAUUUUCUAAACCAAAACUUAUCACCCAGCUGGAGCAAGAGAAAGAGACCUGGAGAGAGGAGAGAAAAUGUCCACUAGCCACCUGCCCAGCAGAACCAGAGCCAGAACUCCACCUCCAUCCAUUCUGCCCUCCUGAUUUCUCCAGUCAGAAGCUCCCCAUGCAGCAUGUGCCGUGUAACCACCCACCCUGGCUUUUCACUUGCCUGUGUGCAGAGAGUCAUAUCCAGCCAGGGGACCCAUGCCCAGGGUACCAGGAGAAGCAGCAGCAGGCCACUGGCGGAAUUUCCUGGAGUGACAAAGCAAAAGGCCAAGACAGUGAAGGUGCCAAGCCUUUGUUGGGAAGGACAAAGAAAAGGACACUAGGGGCGUUCUCCAGGCCACCGCUGAGGCCGCCGGUCAGCUCCCAGAAUGGCCUCAGAGGGGUGGAGACAGAGGCCAGCCCAGCCCAGACGGGGAGCCCGGAAGAAACAGACAAAUUGCUGAAGAGGAUAGAGGUCUUGGGGUUUGGAACAGUCAACUGUGGAGAGUGUGGCCUGAGCUUCAGCAAGAUGACAAACCUGCUCAGUCACCAGCGGAUCCACUCAGGGGAGAAGCCCUACGUGUGCGGGGUGUGUGAGAAGGGCUUCAGUCUCAAGAAGAGCCUCGCCAGACACCAGAAGGCCCACUCUGGUGAGAAGCCCAUCGUGUGUGGGGAGUGUGGGCGGGGCUUCAACCGGAAGUCCACGCUCAUCAUCCACGAGCGGACACACUCAGGCGAGAAGCCCUACAUGUGCAGUGAGUGUGGGCGUGGCUUCAGCCAGAAGUCCAACCUCAUCAUACACCAGAGGACACACUCGGGGGAGAAGCCGUAUGUGUGCCGGGAGUGUGGCAAGGGCUUCAGCCAGAAGUCGGCUGUCGUCAGACACCAGAGGACACACUUGGAGGAGAAGACCAUCGUGUGCGGUGACUGUGGCCUGGGCUUCAGUGACAGGUCCAACCUCAUCUCCCACCAGAGGACACACUCGGGAGAGAAGCCUUACGCCUGCCAGGAGUGUGGGCGGUGCUUCAGGCAGAGGACGACUCUCGUCAACCACCAGAGGACACACUCGAAGGAGAAGCCCUACGUGUGCGGAGUGUGUGGGCACAGCUUUAGCCAGAAUUCCACCCUCAUUUCCCACAGGCGGACGCACACGGGCGAGAAGCCGUAUGUGUGCGGGGUGUGUGGGCGAGGUUUCAGUCUGAAGUCACACCUCAACAGACACCAGAACAUACAUUCAGGGGAGAAGCCCAUCGUGUGCAAGGACUGCGGGCGCGGCUUCAGCCAGCAGUCGAACCUCAUCAGACACCAGAGGACGCACUCAGGCGAGAAGCCCAUGGUGUGUGAGGAGUGCGGUCGCGGCUUCAGCCAGAAGUCCAAUCUGGUCGCACACCAGAGAACGCAUUCAGGAGAGAAGCCAUACGUGUGCCGGGAGUGUGGGCGCGGCUUCAGCCACCAGGCCGGCCUCAUCCGGCACAGGAGGAAGCACGCCAGGGAGAAGCCCUACUUGUGCAGGCAGUGUGGACUCGGCUUUGGCAACAAGUCGGCCUUAAUCACACACAAGCGGCUCCACUCCGAGGAGAAGCCUUGCGUGUGCCGAGAGUGCGGCCAAGGCUUUAGCCAAAAGUCACACCUCAGCUUACAUCAGGUGACACACAAGGGCGAGAAGCCCUAUGUAUGCAAGACGUGUGGACAGGGCUUUAGCCUGAAGUCUCAUCUCACCAGACACAGGAAGGUCAAGUCUGUCCACCACAGACCUCCCCUCCCGACCGAUGCUGAGGCCUUUGUGAUACAGUGUUCUGACCCCUUCUAUGCCGUCUGAAAGUGCAGACAGUGGCAAGAACUGACCGUCAGGAUUUUUACUGUUAUGAAGUGGAGUAGAAACAUACAUUACUUUAGUGGUCAAAGGAUGUUUGACUUGUUUACUUUCUCCACUGUCUUCUCCAUGUUUUGUGGCCUUUUGUUCUAAUAAACUUUGCCUCUUACAAAUCUGUAA